AUGGCCGACCCUUUCGAGGUGCGCAUGCGUUUCACCUCGAUGCUGCAGCACAUGAGCGCCUCCUUCACGUCGUCGCAGAAGGCCGCCCACUAUGCCAUCAAGCAUCGCGACAUGGCCGAGGAUCUCCACUCCUGCAUCCUGGAGCAGCUCGAAAAGAAUAACAUGAACAUCCGUGCCAACAUCGUGUAUUUCAUCGAGCACCUGUGUGAUGUGGCCACCAAGGAGAACCACCUAGAGUUCGUGCAGCUGAUACAACGGGACGUCCUGCGAAUAGUCGACGCUGUCGCCCCCGCUGAUGGGUCCGGUGCUGCGAACGUCAAGCAUGUUCGGCGGGUUCUCAAUGGCCUUCAGUCAAAGGAAAUCCUCUCGACAGACGCCGUGUCGGAGAUAGACGCCUGCCUUCGAGAACGAGAAAGCUAUGCGGCACAUCUCUUGGACCAGGAAACUGCACACGCCGGCGACCACGGCGACAUCACGAGGCCGGGGGGGAUUACUGUUGACAAGAAGCAGAUCGAGCAGCGCAUUGAAGAGGACCGGGAACGCAACAAGCGGCUACGCGAGAACAUGUGGGCGGUUCCUCCCAGCGAUCUCAAAGAGUUUGAGAUGAUGUGGGAGGAUGUCAGCGACAUUGACGAGGAUGAUUAUCUACAAGCAGCUGAGGAAGCUGACGAAAGGCGCAGAGCCGGAGAGGCCGCCGGCCUUGUUGCUGGCUGA